AUGUAUGAAGAUGCUGAAAACGAAAUUCUCUUCACUAUGGGAGCAAUAUUUCGCAUAUUAUCAGUAAAUUAUGAUACUGAAACGAAGAUUUGGUGUGUAAAACUAAAACUUACUGGCGAUGAGGAUGAAGAACUGAGGGUUCUAGGUGAACAUCUGAGAAACGAUAUUAUCGAUUCAUCAUAUCCUAUAGCAAGUCUCGCAAAACUAAUGGUAAGAAUGGGACAGUUUACAAAAGCUGAACAGCACUAUCUCACCAUGCUCGAAAAUGCUGAUUUUGUAAGUGAAUUCAGAAAUUAUGCUUACAUCUACAAUAACCUUGGCUUGAUUUAUAUGCAUUUGAAUGAAAGAGAAAAAGCAAAUACACAUUUUCAAAAAUCAGUCGAUGUUUUGC